AAUCCGCUGUUAAACCAAUGCCUCAUUGUCAGAGUUACUUACCAGAAUUGAUUGGCUAGGCUACAUGCCUAGUACAAAUUCCUGUUCUUUUAGGAGCGGAUUUGCUGAGAAAUUCUAAUUCCGUAUACCACCAGGGGGAAAUUAGUUAAACACGUGUCUUGCGACUGAAAAGUACAAUCAAUGUAUUUCAGGAACUUUCCACUGUGAACUGUGAGUUUACUGUAGAUCUUGAGCUUUUCUUCGUCAAGAAAUAUGGCCCCCGCGUCUGCAUCUUCUUUGGGGUACAUCGCUCCGGACAGUGGUUGGGGAUGGGCAGUGGUGUUUGGGGCCUUCAUCUCCAUUGGUUUCUCUUAUGCCUUCCCCAAGGCCCUCACUGUCUUCUUCAAAGACAUCCAGGUGGUCUUUGGUGCCUCCUACAGCCAGAUAGCGUGGAUCUCCUCUAUUAUGUUGGCAGCCAUGUAUGCCGGGGGACCCAUCAGCAGUAUUCUAGUCAAUCGCUAUGGAAGCCGGCCGGUGGUCAUCGCUGGCGGAGUGAUGUGUGGCAUUGCCAUGGUAACUGCUUCCUAUGGCGAUACCAUUACGCAUUUAUACAUAUGCGUAGGAGUAAUUGGAGGGUUUGGACUAUCAUUUAACCUUCAGCCAUCCCUGACCAUCAUUGGGAAGUACUUCCAUGUCAGGAGGCCGCUGGCUAAUGGGCUGGCCAUGGCAGGAAGUCCAGUCUUCCUCUGUACCUUAGCGCCUAUCAACCAGUACUUGUUUAACAACUUUGGCUGGAGGGGCAGUUUCUUCAUCCUGGGAGCUUUACUGCUGAACUGCUGUGUUGCUGGCUCCCUCAUGAGACCCAUUGGUCCACAUCCCACCGGGAGCCGACGAGCAGUCACCGCGCAGACGAACGGAGCCCAAAAGAGAGCUCCCGCGGACGUGUGUGAAGUCAAGGUGAAUGGACACAGCAUGCAGCCGGAGAAAGGCUGUAUGGAAAACUUCAACAAGUUCCUUGACCUCUCGCUAUUCAAGCACAGGGGCUUUCUAAUCUACAUUGUGGGCAACACGGUGAUGUUCUUUGGGUUCUUUGCCCCUGUGGUGUUCCUGGCCCCAUAUGCCCGGAGCCAAGGCUGCGAUGAGUACUCCUCCGCCUUCCUUCUCUCCAUCAUGGGCUUGGUGGACAUGUUUGCCCGGCCGGGGACCGGCUUGAUAGCCAACACCAAGUGGAUCAGGCCCAGGAUCCAAUACUUCUUUAGCUUCGCCAUCGUGUUUAAUGGCACCUGCCACCUGCUGUGCCCCUUGGCCAGUGGGUAUGCCGGUCUGGCGGUCUACUCUGGAUUUUUUGGCAUAGCGUUUGGCAUGGUGUGUGCCCUGCUGUUUGAGACGCUCAUGGACCUGGUGGGACCUCAGCGGUUCUCAAGUGCGGUGGGACUGGCCACCAUCAUAGAGUGCUGCCCUGUGCUCCUGGGACCGCCUAUAGGAGGGGCCUUGGUGGACACCUUUGGUGACUACAAGUACCUUUACCUGAUGUGUGGAGCAGUGAUGGUGUUGGCAGGAAUCUUCCUCUUUAUUAUGAACGUCUACAACUACAGGAUGCUGGAGAAGGAGGAGAGAGAGGGGGAGAAGGGCUGUGAGAGCCAGGACAAGGAGCUGGGGCUAGGUCUGGGGGAGAGGGGAGAGCCCUGGUCCGAGGAACAAGGAGAGGAGCCUGACGCUAAAAAAGAACAAAAUGCAGAGGAAGAUGAAGCUAGAAACAAAGGAGACUAAAGACAAGCUGUCCAUACUCCAGGUUUUACAAGCACACACUAAAACUGUAUUUCACUGAUGUCAAUUUAUCUGUGUAUAGGCCUACCUCAUUCCCAUUACCUAUUUUCUGGAACUAAUCUGCUCCGGGGCCAGUUGAUUCACGGCUCAACCCCUGGCAUCUGGAAUGAAAUGACGGAAAAGGACUCGAGGACCAAUGAAAUCAGAUUCUGUCCCUCUCAAAUAUUGAAUCAUCAUUAGAGGAAGACAGAUUAUGAAAUAUUUUAUUUAAAUAAAUAUUUUUCAUGUUAAAUGUAGUCAUAUUCUUUGUUAUGACCUAAUGCAUUUGAAAGUUGACGCACAGUAAACAUUUUGUAUGUACCAUUAACCUAUUUCAUGGUUGGGAGUAGGGCAAGUUGCUGUGCAUUGACAAGUAGGCUAUAGCAAUCAUGGGUAAUAAAGAAUAAAAGGCACUGUCCAUUUCACCCAUUAGCCUGCUGAUUGAGCGAAAUGCAUUUAGAAUUCAGCACCUCUGGUGGUACUUGCUAAUAUUAGAAAUAGUUUGAAGUUUAAAAAGAAAUUCUAUCUGACAAUGCGUAUCUUUCAAUGGAGAUUAUAGUGUAAUAGAAUACUAUAUUCUAGCUGUUAUCACUAAGUUAAUCUUACCAGGCGGUAGUGAUUACAUAUAGAAAUAUUAGCUAAUGAAAUAUCUCAGUUGUUUAAUCUACAACCAAUGUUUUGGUGUUCCUUUGUUUAUCAGCGUCGUAACAGCAGGAGAGGGAGGUGACAGUCAGUCGGCCGCAGACAACGGGCAGAUUUACCAUGCAGCCAUGACUGUUUGUAGCUCUGCCCAAUUUUUCACAGCAAUUAGAAAACUGCGUAACAAGUUUGAAAAUGUCAGCGCUAAGGGCUUGACUAGCUAAUGAAGCAAGGCCCGGAUGUUCCAGACUAGCGCCCCUGAGCCCCAUGCGGUCUCUGACACACUCAGCAAAUCACUAAGCCAAUACAUUUGAACCAACAAACAAACACACAUCAGCCCAGUGAUCCCAGCUCAAGGUCUUGGGACAUGGCAAGGUGGAGUAUGCCCCAGAGACCGGGGGGUGGCCGCUGACACCAAGGUGUGUGUUCCCAGAAUGCCCGAGGGUCAUUGUCCUUCAUGCUCUCUCUCAGAACAACACUAGCUGGUCUCUGGUGAGCCCAGAGGGGCAGUGGGUUGACCAUGCCACACAGGGUUGUUGGAAGACGGGGCAGGGCAUUUUAAUAUUGCAGGAAAAGUAUCAUGUUUUUGACAUCCUGUGUUUUAGGUAUUAUUGUCCAUGUAUGAUCAAUGUGUUUUUUUGCUGUUGUUCAGAUUAAGCUUUGAUAACGGAAUUGGCCAGUCAUAGAAGAAAUAAUACAUGAUUAACUUUUAGAUGACGAUCUAAAGAUAGAAGAUAUUGUGAUAAUAUAAAACAUAAUACAAAACACUGAUUGACAAGUCACAUUGUGUCAGUUAUUUUUAAGAGCGAAGUCACAGCAAGAACAUCCUAUGUUUUUGUCAGAAUAUAUAGAUAGGUCGCUAGGUGUUUCCCUUGAUCAUAGUGAUGCUGUUCUAUGUUGUGUAAAGCAGAAUUCUCACCUGAUGUGUUUAGAAUUGGCUUGCACAAAAAGCACAGUGAAGACGGUGGUGAGAUAGAGGGCUUUAAUAAUCCCUUAGGGCUCAAAGAGCACCACCAUCUAUCAGCAGUAGAAAUUGAAUGGAUCGUGUUUGCCAGAGCUUCUCAGAUUAGAUAGCCAAAGAUGUUGUGCAAGUAAAGCUGCUAAAUUGGUAGUGGAGCUCACAACACCAUGGUUGAGGACCAAAAGUAUGAAAGUGUAAGUUGCGCUGGAUAUGAGUGCUAAAUUACUUAAGUGUAAAUGAGUGUACUCUGCAUGUUGGCAGUUUAUGAAACAGAGACUAAAGUGUGUUAUAAAAUGCUCCAAAACCCUGUAAAGAACUCAUUUCACCAGACUGUCAUUCUAAAUGUCUCAGAACUGAAUUUAUUUAAAGAAUUGUUACCACUGUGCCAUAAAUCCCUGUUUGAAUGAUGCUGUUAACAACAAAAAUGCAUAUGUGGUUUUACGAGGGUGGACAUUUUUUGUAGUUCAGAGACAUCCUUUAAAAUAGGAUUCUGAUGUCAUAAAUUUGUCUGGAGUUUUAGGGACCAUUUUCUAAGCAUGCGGUGCAACACAAUUUAAUACAUUUAGUCAAUGGUGAAUGCUGAUUCAACAAAAUGUCUAUGUACCUACACUAAUAUAUAUACUAUUUAUAUUCUAGUGUGUAUAUAUAUAUAUAUGUUGGGGAUCAAAUUAAUGGACAGAAAGAAAAAAAAUAAGGCCAAAUUCAGAAAUUGGUAAUCAUAUGAAAGUGAGUUCAUCAAAGACUACUAAGGUCUGACAAAAUGCUUUUUUAAAUGUCAGAAUACUGUGUAUCUCCAUGUGUACCGAUUAUUUGACAUUUUACCAUGAAAGAAAUGCCAGGUGAGAUUGUUUUGACAAUACAGGAGGAUGGGCAGAAACUUUGCUGUGACAUCAGAA